UUUUUGAGUCCAUUCAUAUUUAUAAGGUGUGGUUCCUUGAUAUGACGUAUUACCCAUACAUGAGGACACGUUAUCCCCUUAGGGGUGACAUGUGUCCUGAGUGAUUCUCCCUGGGAAACUAAGUUGAUGAGUUGAAUGUAGGCAAGCAGAGAGUUGGCGAGCUGGACGAUGGCGAGCUGGAAGGGCACAACGAAUUGAACAGGGUAGUGAGCUAAGAAGGGUGUGGUGAGUUAGACGACCCUAGAAGAGGAGAGGCGUAAAGUGAAGAGGGUUUGGUCGGACACGGAUCUCUAGUCGGAUAGCGGCGUGCCUUAUAACAAUUUAUUCCUUGCCUUGCUGAAGACGAGUUAUAAAGUAACUCUUUUGAGAGAAGGUUGCACGAGUGAAGCAUGUGAUUGAGGCUUAUUACUUACGUUUUGGUGUAAAACUUACUGCUUAUGUUUUGUCGUAUGAUUGCAGCUCUUUUUCUUAAGGAAAAAAACCGUUCUGAAAAAAUUUUCUUCCUUAAAACAACUUAUACUUAGCCAUAACUUACACAUAUCUUGCGUUUUUUCAAAAGGGGCUACAAGUGAGAAGAGAUUUGUCGUUUAUAGGCACUGCUGGUGUUCGCACGAAGGGUUCGCAUUUGGAGGGAUCUGCAAAUUCAUCAGAAGAACUUAGAUGCAUAAUGGAUGUCAGGUCUCUUAUGCAGAAUUUGCAAGGUAGAAAUGCUAGUACCGCAUGUCCGCAACAGGUGAAGGUAGUGGUAGCUCUCGCAAGAAGCAGAGGGUGCUAGCGAGCUUUGCAAGUACCGAGGUUGAUAGUGAUGAUGAAGUAACGAAUGAACUGAAGGAAGCUUGCCAUAAGAGGAGGAGGGAUCAUGCGACAACUUCAGGAGGUGUGGUGGUAACAGUUGCCCUUCCUGCAUCACCAAUUGAUCCCAUUCUAGAAAAAUUGCCUCCUGGUGCUGCUCUAGGGGGUUCACUGAAAUUAACAUCUCCGAAUGGUGAAGGAAAUACCCUUUUUCCCUGGCGCGAGCAGCUUGAUGGAAGGAUGUAUCCCUAUUAUCUUGAUGAUGUGAUGAAGAAAUGAGAGGAACAUACGCCGAGAGAGGUCAGGGAGUGUGUGUUCCCCUCUGGAUCUUCAUCUUGUGCCAAGAGGCCCUCGAUAAGGGAAUUGUUAUGGUCGCUUCAAGUAUCUGUUGCUGAAAGCAAGGUUAUUAGUUGGGGUCUACGACAAGUUAUCGAUGAAGAAGAAACUAAGAGAAAGGAGUUCGCGGGUGCGCUUGAAGCUAGCGAGUGAGCACUAGGUAGGGUCCAUGAGCUUUAUAAUGAGAUGGAAUGGUGAUAAAAUUUCACUUUGUUUCAGGAAUAUUUGUACGGGAAAGUGUAACCCACCACAUUUGACCCGAUCAUCAUAUUCGAAUAUGUGAUAUUACAUUUGUCUUCUUUUAUUAUUAUUUAUAAAUAUAAAUUAUUAAUUAAAUUCACUCGUA